UAGCAUCAAGGAGUAUCACUGUACAAAAGGAAACCACGAGAGGUAAACGCGAAAAACGACGUUGAUAAAAGUAGUAUAUCCCAAACCAAAAAUGUCUCGGCCGCAAAACGUCGUCCCUUUGUGCUCCAAAGGAGCUGCGUCGUCAAAGAUCCUCCUUGCUGCCUUACUCCGUGUAUUUCUGCUAUUCAGUGGCAUUGGAUCAUCCCUAGUACAUGUACAAGAGCUACACGGGGUUUCUAGUAUUUUCGCCUUCGGAAAGCGUCGUGCGUUCCUCGGGGGCGCCGUCAUUCCCGCCGUACGGCAGCAACUUCGGAAUGGUUCCAAGGAUUCGAGCGGUCGCGCGACCAGUCGUGCUGCUGGGAACAGCAGGAAGAACUCGAAAGAAUCAUCUACUUCUAGGACGAGCACUAGGACCAGCACUGCGGGAGCUGCAAAAUCUUUACUUCCAUUUGCCUCGUCGUCCCGUGGCGUGGCGGCCGAUAGGUCGUCUAUAGGAGCUAUAGCGGCGAAGAUCACAAAAAAUGCGGCAACCGGAGCAAGCUCUACUCGCAGCAGCAAGAGCAAAACCGUUAAUAUCGUCCCGUUCGGCCACCGGAGUCGUGUUCUUGCAUCCUCUGCAAGUGGUGAACCACGUUACCUUCCCGGGAGCCGUUUGGAUGAUUCUUUCCAAGAUGAUAGUGGCGAGUCCUCCUCAUCCCCGUUAAGCACAGGAAGCACAACGACCAACGACCAUCCAGAGGAUGAGGACGACACCAGCUGGGCCACCGUGAACCGCUACUGGGUGUUUGCGGGCGGGGGCGUCCGCGCCGUGAGCUACGCCGGCGCGUUUGCGCGCAUGACCGCCCCCGGAAAAUCGAAGUGGAAUUGGGACACGCCCCUGUCCAGUCUGGUCGACGGCGCCAUGGGCACCUCGGCGGGCAGUAUCACGGCGAUGCUGGUGGUGCUGGGCUACACACCCAAGGAACUGCUGGCCUUCUUGACCAAGAUCGACUGGGCGUCCUUUGCGGACGGACCGACGGGGGAGGAUUUUAAACACAAUCCGUUACAGACGUUGAACCGGAUCCGGGAGAGUUUUUUCGAGCGGUACGGGUGGAAUACCGGGGAUCCGUUGCGCGAGGCACUCACGACGGCGAUCAAAGCCAAGGGCUUUGCGGAGGAUGUCACGUUUCUGGAGCUGUUUGAGCAGAAGAAAAAGGAGCUCUUCGUCGUGGUGUUUUCCGUCGCGGAGUCCAAAUCCGUCAUUUUCAGCCACGAAACCGUGCCCCACAUGCCGAUCCGCGACGCAGUGGUGACGUCGAGCAGCAUGCCCUUUUACUUCCAGGCCCGAUUCUUCCAGAAGCUUCCGAAAACGGACGCGUGUCUGAAGUUGCUGGAAAACCGGAGGUGGGAGCAGAAUAAAGCGAACAAGGAUAAAGCGAAGACUCAAGCAGUUGCAGUUGUGGGACCUCAUGAAGACGAACAAGGUCAAGGUGUGGAGCUGGCCAGCACAUCCUGCACGCUGCAAGGACACGAACAUCAACAACACGUCGACCUCCAACAGGAGCUAGAACAUCAAUUGCAUGGUCCUCGUCGUGCAGCAGCUCGCAUACUGUCCACAGCAGACGAAGAUCCCCGCGAGUACCACUACGUAGGCAACGUGGCUCCCUACACCAACCCGUUUUUACCUGCAUAUGGCGCUCUCAACUGUUACAUUCUCAACUGUUACUGAAUUUGUGACGCAAGAGCAGCAAAAGCGAGAGAGGCAAGCUUGCAACUCGUCUUGCAUCACAAACUUGGCACAGAUUUCGAUGCUGUUUGUCCCUGCGGGAAUUUGCCAUGCGAAGUGGCUUGAUCGUGUUGCAGCUUAUGGCGCUUUUGCGUCACAAAUCACGUAACAGCUGAGAACGUAACGUUUGAGAAUCCCAUAUCGCCCCGGAAAACCUUCCCGCCUUCGGAAAAUACGCCGAUUGGACCGGCCAAGUCCACUACGCCGUGGAGCCGUUCGCGGAUGGGGGGACCCUGGACAAUUUUCCGCUGGAAUGGCUGAUGGAGCGCAAACCGGUGGAGCAGGACAACAUGGUCUUGGGCUUUCUCGUCUUAGACAGCGACGAACAGGUGGACUGGUGGUAUGGGGGCAGUGCUAAAGCUGCAACCAACAGCAACAACCCGCCGCCCCCGCUCACGAACGGGCACGUCGGCGCGGCCAACCUGUUCGGCUACCCGGGCAACUAUGUCACGGCGGAGUUGACGAACCAGCAGUUGAGAAGCAUGCAGGGGAACCCGACGUACGUGGAGAGAACCCUCGCGAUCAACACGUUGGGCGUCUCUGCGGCACAGUGGGACGUGAUGAAGGACGUGAAAAUGGUGCACGCCUUGGUGCUAUGCAUUGCAAAUAUGUCUGGGUCUGGAAGGACGCAACUUGUGAUGCUGGACUUGGAUUCUAGAAGAAUCUGUAUUGCAUGGACAGCAAAAGAUGUCCAGUUUUUGCCACGGCGCGAGGGCAUUUCUCAUGCGGUAUAGGCAUCAGGAAUCCCUCACAAAACCUGUGAUGCUAGGGCAUGCAUCACAGACAUCAGGGGUCAUGCAAAAUGUGCAUGGCAUCCAUCCAGACCCAGACAUAUUUGCAUUUGAUAGGUGCUCAACGGGUGCAAAAGUAUGGACAAGCUGAAAACGCCGGGGGUCCCGGCCGUCGACUGUGCGGUAUGAAAUGUAAAAAUGUCUGGGUCUGGAAGAAUGCAACUUGUCAUGCUGUCUUUGGAUUCCAAAAAAAUCUGUAUUGCGUGAGCAGCAUCAGGAGUCCAGUUUGUGUUACGCGGAGAGGUCAUUUCUCAUGCGGAAUAGGCAUCAGGAAGGCCUCUAAAAAUCUGUGAUGCUAGAUCAUGCAUUACAUGCGUCACGGAUCAUAGAAAACAUGCAUCACAAAUUCCGGAAUCUUCCAGACCCAGACAUUUUUACAUUUGAUAUGCGGAUCUGGUAAACAAGUUUCUACUCGCGUCGGCAUAGGUGUAGUUUAGGUGAGAACCUAAGAAGUAACUACGCGAACAGAGUCCAGCCUGCUGCAGGUUCUAUCCUUGUAGUCCGGUAUCGAUUAUUGUACUUAUACUUUUGCGCCGACGCCGUUUGCCUGUGAGCCGACAGUGAAUCAAUGAGUAUGAAUGCGUUUGACCUCAAUAAAUGAAUCCGCCUACGACCGGGGCAACGACAACCGACAGUCUUUUCUCCUCUGCUAGCAUCGCUAUAGGUUCUGACUUUUUAUUGAUCUUGAAUAUCUAGCCGCUGUCCACAAAAUAAAAUCCUUUACAUUUAACUGAUCUUGACUACUUCUCUGCGCAGAAGUUGUUAGUUUUGGUGCACCAUACUCUGAUAUAAUGAAUUCCACCGCCUCUAGUAUGUCAUCAAGACCUCCGACUUCUACUUUGUUUGUUGACUGCGAAACGCAAAGAAAAUGAAGCGAUUAUUUCUACUCUCCUUUCCGACGUGUGAAUAAAAAAUCCGACGUUUGCCAUAAAUUCUAAGCCCUUUUGCAAUUCUGCCAACCGCAAUUACAGAAGAACUUUGAGAUCUUGUCUAUGAUGUUAUGUAUGAUGUAAGACAGAAACUAUUGAAUCGAAUGUAGAAUUCCUACGUCGUCGUAAGAAAAAACUUUCCGUGAAGUUGUACUUGGCCUCCAAAUU